CCCCGCCUUCCCGCGGCUCAGCAUGGCCCUCUCGCUUUCACCACCGCUGCCGGUGCUGUGCCUCCUGUCCACCCCGUGGCUCCAACUAGGAAAUGCACAGGCUGCUGACAUGGUCUGGCUGCCAGGUGGGCGGUUCCUGAUGGGGACAGAUGCUCCAGAUGCCAGAGAUGGUGAAGGGCCUGUCCGGGAGGUAACAGUAAAGCCCUUUGGCAUCGACAUAUUUCCUGUCACCAAUAAAGACUUCAGGAAAUUUGUCAGGGAGAAAAAGUACCGGACGGAGGCUGAGCUCUUUGGGUGGAGCUUUGUUUUUGAGGAGUUCGUCUCCAGUGAGCUAAAAAACAAAGCAGCCCAGCAGAUGAAGCCUGUCCUCUGGUGGCUUCCAGUGGAAAGGGCAUUUUGGAGGCAGCCCACAGGUCCCGGCUCUGGCAUCCGGGACAGGCUGGAGCAGCCUGUGCUCCACGUGAGCUGGAACGACGCCCAGGCGUACUGCAGAUGGCGGGGCCGCAGGCUGCCCACCGAGGAGGAAUGGGAGUUCGCUGCCCGGGGUGGCCUGAAGGGUCAGGUUUACCCUUGGGGAAACAGGUUCCAGCCCAACCGCACCAACCUGUGGCAGGGAAAGUUCCCCAAGGGUGACAAAGCUGAGGAUGGCUUCCACGGAGUGUCCCCGGUGAACGCCUUUCCCCCGCAGAACGACUACGGUAAGGCUUCCCUCAGGGCGCUAUGGCACUCGCACGCUCUCACAGGUUGCUUGCUGGGCUGGAUCCCUGUGCCUGAUGUGGGAGGCAGAGAAAAGCACCCCCACCGCCAUUUCCCCGCAGGGCUCUUUGACCUUGUGGGCAACGUGUGGGAGUGGACCUCGUCGCCCUACCAGCCGGCUAAGCAGGACAUGCAUGUCCUCCGGGGGGCAUCCUGGAUUGACACGGCCGAUGGCUCUGCCAACCACCAGGCCCGGGUCACCACCAGAAUCAGGCAGCACUUCAUCCCGUCAUUGGAGUGUCCCACCACACAUCACGUCACUCUUCCACUCCUCAGGGUCGGGUGACAGGGAGGCCACCGAAGCCAGCAGUGUGCACGCCCAGCAUGACAGGCACGUUGUGCCUCCCUGGGACCCUGGCCCUGUGGCUCUGGGACUUGGGGAAGGAUCUGGGAAGGGUGAAAGGAUGGACGGGCAGACAGACGCACGCUACCUGGUUUCCUUCUCGCUCAAAGUGACCUUCUCAGUAAGAUAGUCAAAGAGCUCGCCCCUUUUCAUCCUGUGGGAACCAAGGGUAUGAUGCUGGCUCGGUCCCAGCCACCCUCCCCUGCCCCUGCUCCCAGGGAGCUGUGUCCUGUGCCCUAAUGUCCUACAGGCCAAGAGGGCUGCACCCCGGCAGGACCCAGUCAGGGCAAGGGGCUGCAGAGGGGAGUGGAGAAGUCAGGAAAGACUGGAAGAGAAGCAGGGGAGGCUGGAGAGUGGGGUAAGGAGUGUGGGGUCCCCAUUUGUGCAAGUGACAUCAUGGGCCGGGGCCUGUCAGGGCCCAAGUCAGAGCUGGGGUUGUAGGAGCCCUAGGACCCCAGAACGGAUCAGGAGGCCUUGAAUAUUUGUUUGUUUGUUUGGUACCAGGAUCGAACUCAGGACCUUGUGCUUGCAUGGCAGGCACUGGAACCACUGAACUAAAUCCCCGGCCCAGGACUUGAAUAUUUUGAGUUUGCCCAGGAAAACAGUAGGAGUUUACAGUGAUGUGGGGAAACUGUUUGUUCCAGCAGGAUUAUAGAGCUGUGGUUCAGGGUUCAGUCUGCUUAGCUCCUGGGAGGAGCCAGGCAGAGCUGGGCGGCAGAGUGCUCUCACGCGCCCUAGAGGGCUCCUGGGCAGCAGUAAAAAUAGCUUCCCCAGCAGCCUCCUCAAAGGUUACGGACAUCCGAGCUGUGUCUGAGUGGGGCGCAACAGCUUCGACCCAGCAGGCUGGGAAGGGUCCUAGGACAGCCUCCCUUGGCUAAAUGGACAAAGGUGUGUCCAGCGCCCACCUGUGGGGACAGCAGCAGGAUCCUAGGGCAAAGGAGCAAGUUUGUGCCCAGCGUUGGAGAGAAGCAAGAAAACUCCUGGGCUUGCUGAGUGGGGUAGCCACGGGGUCUGUUUGACACCUAGAAUUUACAGGGUGAGCCUUGUUUUAUACAAUAUUUACUAUCUUUUUAAAAGGUGACAUGUGAAUCUAGUUUUCUUUGAGACAAGUUCUCCCGUGCAAUCCAGGCUGGCCUCAAACUCAUGGAACUCCUCCUGCCUCAGCCUCCUGAGUAUUGGGGUUGGAGGUGUGCGCCAUCAUGCCGCUCCUAUGAAUCCAGUCUAUCUUUUUUUGUUUUUCUUCAGUGCUAGGGAUGGAACCCAGGGCCUUGAGUAUGCUAGUAAGUGCUCUGCCACUGGCCUAUCUCUAAAACCUGUUUUUAUCAUUUUAAUCCAUUUGAAAGGAGGAUUCACUAUUGACAUCAGCAGCAACCAAGGUUUACCAGUAAAUGUGGGCACCAUGCAAGGGACAGCAGCGGGCUCCUGUCUUCUUGGAGCUGACAGCUUAAUUGUACACAUGUGACAGGUUAAAUUGUGUCUCAGGGCCAGGUGGGCUGGCACAAGCCUAUAAUCCCAGGAGGGUGAAGGAGAGGAGGCUGAGGCAGGGGAUUACAAAUCUGAGGGCAACCUGGGCAACUGAGGGAGACCUGUCUCAAAGUAAGAAAAAAAUGGCUGGAAGUUCAAGGACAGCCUGGGCUACACAGUGAGUUCAAGCCCAGCCUGAACUACAUAACGAGACCCUGUCUCAAAACAAAACCAAAAAAGCUGACAAAUUUGGGAUUACCAAAAUGUGUCUCUCGGACAGCAGCAAGAUAGGCAGAUUCUUGUACCCCAGAUUUCAGCAGCAGGGAGAAGGGGAUUAUAUGCUAAGCCAAAGUGGCCCACAGCCAAUUAGAAUGUAUGAUGAUAAGAUUUUAUGUAUAAAUACAUUAUUACUUAAAUAUAUCAAAAAUCGUUUGUAAUAAAAUCAUUUGUAAGAUAAAAUAAAACAGUUGUAAUUCAAAAAAAAGAAAGCAGCUGGGGGUGUAACCCUGGGUUCAAUCCCCAGUACCACCACCAAAAAAAGUUGUAGCUCCUGCUGUACAAACUCAGCAAAGCCACCUGGGUGAUUUUCUCACGUAAAUCCAGCCCUUACAUUAACUGUUACAUAGGGAGAAAUUGCUCAACACAGUCCUACAACAGUGGUCCAUGUAGUGAGUAGGAGUGAAGAGUUCCCUUCCCUGGGGAGCGUUUCUAAUAAAAAUGGUGAUGGCCAGGUGUGGUGGCGCACACUUGUAAUCCCACUAUUUGGGAGGCUGAGGCAGGAGAAUCGCUGUGAGUUCGAGCCCAGCCUGGACUACACAGUGGGUUCAAGGCCAGCCUGAACUGCACAGUGAGACCCUGUCACAAAGAACCAAAAAAGGAAAAAGAAAACUAAUACUUCAAUGACCCAGCCCCUAAGUGUUGAACACAGGUUUCCAAUCCUGCCAGCUUGAGCCAAGGGGCGGCCUGACCCUCCUUGGGGGAGGACUGGUCCCGGGACUGCACUGGGCAGGAGCAGAGCACAGGCUCUCUCGAGGCCUGGGC